AUGUCCUCACAUCGCUCGACAGGGAGGGGAGGGGAGGGCAUGGCUGCAGUCAACGUCCGGGGGCAAAGUGGACAGCAAAGAGCCACUGCCUUCCCCCAACCUCCUCCUUUCAUCGAAGAAAUCCGUCAAAAUGCAUCUAUUCCAGGGGUCUCUAUUGGUGUAAUACGUCUGGGCGAAGACAAGCAGCCACCGUUACAGUGGAUCUCACCCCCGAGGUAUGUCGCCAACUUGUGCUCUCCAGAGGGACAAAGUAUGUAUAUGUGCCGGCCUUCAGACACUUUUUGGCAUGGAGUAGUACUCGAAGGCGUUUCCGCCUCUGUCGGCAUCCUUAUGUACGACUUCGCUCGCAGCAAGAACUGCAUCCCACUCCCGCCUUCAGUCGCUGCAUUCGGCUGGGACACCAAAUUCCAUGAACUUCUGCCUGAAGGGCUCGGACGGUCGCUACAAGAACCCGACGGGACGUUGGACGGAUGGACGACGCACAGGGCCAGUAUCCGCGAUGUGCUCGGGCACGCCUCGGUUCUCCAGCGGCACGACUUCGCGUCGGCGUAUGAGCUGCGCGAGAAGUGGUCGUACAACGACCAGAUGUACAUGCUCGGCGUGCAGCUCGUCGCGCAGUACUCUGGCAUGUCAUACGCCGACUUUCUCUCCACGCGCAUCUUUGGCCGGCUCCACAUGGACGACACGACCGUCUGGCCGUCCUCACGGCUCGCGCACUCGUGGAACAAGGACGGUCGUCGGAUUCUUUUCUGGUUCAAUUCGAACUCGAGGCGUCAUCUCAAGCGCGCGGAGGACAUGAUUAAGUGGCUGGCGGUGUGGCUGAACAAGGGCGUCGACCCCGUCUCGAACCGGACGCUCUUCCCGGAAGGUGUGUACGAGGCGACGACAACUGCACGGUGGAUCGCGAAAGGACAGCCAAGUGCGCCCCUUGGUGCGAGCAUCCUCGGAUACGGCAUGGGCUGGGAGAGGUGGUCGUAUGGCAGCGUCGACGUUGUUGAGCAUGGUGGUGCCAUCCCUGGGUUCUCCCUCCUCACUGGGUUCUCUCCCGAAAACAACAUCCCAGUCGCCACGCGCAUGAUCUUGAAACGGACGUUUGACGAUCAUUCAGCGACGAGCCCGUCGCCUUGUCGGACCCAUGCCCCGAAGAAUAUGUCCACCGCCCCUCCGUCGCUCAGCAUCGCGCGCUAUGCCGGCUUGUGCGCCUCCCCCGGCUACGCGCCCAUCGCACUCUGCAACGCCUACGUGUGGGCGACGCACGUGCGGAUGGAGCACGCAGACGGCGACGCUUUCGACACGACGUUCACCACCAUCCUCCCGGCGGGCUACGGGCGCAACACCAGGGCGUUCGAGUUCUCCGAGACGGGCGAAUCCGGUGGGCCGGCGGAGUUCAACGUCCGGGAUGGAGAGGUGGUCGGGUUUUCGCUCGUCACGGACUGGGCGGCGGACGCGGUGGCCGUUGGCCGAGACGUGGAAGAGGAGCCCGCGGUGUGGUUGUGUCGGCCCGGUGUCGAGGGUCAAUGA